AAUAAACAGCCCAUCAUUUUUCACGCAAACUUGUCCAUUCAUAAUUGCUGUGAUGAAUUAAACACUCUAAUAAUUACUGGGGAGACAACUAACUGAUCAUAGGACUAACAAAAAACCCUUUUCCUUCACUCUCACUAUUCAACACCAUUACAAUAAUAAAUAUCAAAUUAAAUAAAAAAAAUAUUUAUCAUCUCCAUGAUUACAGUCACUGUGCUGAGUGACAACGACCACCCAAUUUGAAAGAGAGAGAGAGAGAAGAUGAGCGAUUUCUGGCAGCAGUAAAACUAGAAGAAAAGCAAAUAAAAAGCAGAGAUGAAAAAAAAAAAAAAAAAAGAGUGAAAAAGAGGAGGUUGAUGGAAAAUGUAGGAGGCUUUUUUACAUGUCCCCUUGAUGAAUGAAGAGGCCCCAUUUCUCGGCUCUUGUGAUGCCAUGGAACACAAACCCUCAAACUCAAAGUCUGAAGAUGCUCCGCCAAUUUUCCCCCAACCAAACAUGGCGCUAGCCAAGCUCGACGACUCCAAGAAGAAGCAGCUCGCGCCCAAGCGGACCUCCAACAAGGACCGCCACAAGAAGGUCGAGGGCCGCGGCCGCCGGAUCAGGAUUCCGGCUCUCUGCGCCGCCAGGAUUUUCCAGCUCACGCGGGAGCUCGGCCACAAGACCGACGGCGAGACCAUCCAGUGGCUGCUGCAGCAGGCGGAGCCCUCUAUCAUCGCCGCCACCGGCACCGGAACCAUUCCGGCCUCUGCCCUGGGGGGCGCAGGCCCCUCCGUCUCGGAGCAGGGGAGCUCUGUUUCCGCCGGUGUGUAUUCGCGAUUGGUCGAGAGUGGGAUGGGAAUUAGGGCUAGCUCUAUUUCCAUGAUGAACGAAGGGAUUUGGCCUUCAUUCAACGGAUUCGGAUCCACAAUUUUCCAGAAUUCAAAUAUUCAAAGUGCCAAUCGCGGUGUGAAACUAGGGUUUGAGUUCCCGGUGCCCGGGCUGGAGCUCGGGCUUUCACAAGAGGGGCAGAUCGGCGGCCUUAAUCUGCAAGCUUUCAGCCAUUUUUACCAGCAGAUUGGAGUCCAAAAUGGGGACUGCAGCGGCGGCGAUCAGAAUCAAGGGAAGGAGAAUUCGCAGGGAUCGCGGCACUAGCUUUCCUCCAUUCUCGUUUGUUUAAUUUAGAUUGGUUGACGACGAUGAUUGAAUCAUGGGAAUGCUGCUUAAGAUUUUCGAUUUGUUUGAAAUUAAUACCAUAGAGAAAUGAUGAAGCUGCGAUCAUCGAUCUCAUCCAUGCCACCUUCGUUUUGCUUCUUCUCUUUUCUGCUCAGCUCAAUUCAAUGCCCACGCAAACAGUGUGGAGUAGAGUUAUGUGUAGCAGGGUGGAAUGAAGUUGGUUGUGAUUUUAGUUUCUAGUAUCCAAUUUUGAGGUGUGUUGUCACAUAAUUAGUGUUGGUUUGUAUUAAUUAGUACUACAAUGAUAAUGAGUUGUGGUGGGCUUGCUUGUUUGUUACAAGUUGGGAAAGUUUCUUGAAAUACAAGAUAUGAGCUGCAUCUCAUUACACACA